AUGAGCCACCAGUUCACGUCGGGUAGGCCCGUCCCGAACGCUAUGAGUUUUCCAUCCUUGGCGGUAUUUUUCCGCGGUGUCCGCACACCACCUACCAUCCCUGGCAUCUUUAAUGAUUGUAUGGCGUCCAUUUUGCUGGAUGCCGGCGCUUCGUCUUCUGUUGCUUGUUCAAACCUUCGGUGGGUGAGCUACGAAUCCUCCUCUCGACUUGCACAGCCUUUGGCGGGCAACGACUCUGUCCUCCGUCCAGACGGACAGGCGUGCAGCUCCGUGGGCACAGGUUAUUUUACGACGAAAAACACGUCCGUUUGCGCGCGCAUCCAGUGGGGCGUGAUUCUGGAUAUGGACUUUCUAGAUCCCCACCACGCCUCCAAUGAUUUCGCUCCCCUCAGAAUCUGCCUGGAGGGCAUCGAGUUCUUUCGCACGGACACUCUCGCGGCGAUUGCUAACGGACCGUAG